AACCCAAAACCCACAUCCAUGACCCGAAUUCUCAAAACCCACCCUAAACCCAAAUCCUUGUUUCUUUCUUGAGUUCUUCCCCUACCGUUCUGGUUUACGAGGCUGGAGAGAACCUCCUGUUCUUUCCACGGCUUCAUCAAUUGUUCUCAACAGAAAUUCCAUAAAAUCUGGGGAAUACUACUCGCUGAUGAACUGCUUGUUACUCUUGUCUUCAUGUGCUGCGGCUCUAUUUAGAAAGAACACUGUCACUCAUUUAAUCACAAAGACUACUUUGAAUCAGUGCUCUGCUUCAACAUUGAAAGGGAAAUUUGGGUGCGCCGGUCUCAGAGCAGAAAUCAACAAGGAGUUCGAGUUUUCGAGAUUUCGCGUUCAGUGCUUCUCUUCGAAAAGUAGAAAAACGCCUCGAACACGAAAGUUGGAAACCGAGCCAGCAGUGAUGGAACAAGACAAGGACGACGGAUUCUUUGUUGUGCGUAAAGGAGAUGUUGUUGGUGUUUACAAGAGCUUUGCCGAUUGUCAGGCUCAACUUGGAUCUUCGAUAUGUGAUCCUCCUGUCAGCGUGUACAAAGGGUACUCUUUGAAGAAGGAGACUGAGGAUUAUCUGACGUCCUGUGGGCUUAGGGAUGCUAUUUACACUAUCAGGGCUGCAGAUUUGAAAGAUGAUCUCUUUGGUACACUUACGCCCUGCCCCCUCCAAGAGCCAGCCUUUUCCAAAGAUGAGACAUCAAGCAAGGAUAGGUCUAAAAAGAGGCCUUACGAGAUGGGUGGAUCACAAAACAUCGAUCCAGUUUGCACAACAUCUUUUUCGACUGAUUCUUUAAAAAAGCAUGUGAAGAUGGAUGCUGAGGCUCAUGAACCUUCUUCUGAUAUUCGUUCCUGUAUUCUCGAGUUUGAUGGUGCAUCAAAAGGGAAUCCUGGACAGGCUGGUGCUGGAGCUGUCCUGCGAGCUAAUGAUGGAAGUGUGAUCUGUAGGUUGCGUGAAGGUUUGGGCAUAGCUACGAAUAAUGUUGCUGAAUAUCGAGCCAUGAUUCUAGGGUUGAAAUAUGCUCUUAAAAAAGGCUAUAAAAGUAUCCGCGUCCAAGGUGACUCCAAGCUUGUCUGUAUGCAGAUUCAAGGUUUAUGGAAGGUCAAGCAUGAAAACAUGUCCUGGUUGUGCAAGGAGGCUACGAAACUGAAGGAUAAAUUUCUUUCCUUUCAGAUUGGUCAUGUUUUCAGGGAUCUGAACUCCGAAGCAGAUGCUCAAGCAAACUUGGCCAUAAGUCUUGCCGAUUGGACGAUCAAAAUGAGAACGAAGAGCUUGAUUCGAGGAGUUCGCUACUUGACAACUACACCACCUCCACCUCCACCUCCAUUUUCUCAUCGUUCUUUCUCUUCAACGUCGUCAUCGUCUUCCUCACCAUUACCUUCAGGCGUUCUUUCGGCUGAUGUCGCCGAUAUCUCUCCCGAGGAAGCUCUGUUGUAUCCGGUCUCGCCUGUUUCUUCGGUCGUGAAGCUGGAGGUACCCUCUGUCCUUCAGCCACGUGUCGUCGUCUAUGAUGGUGUCUGCCAUCUCUGCCACCGCGGGGUGAAGUGGGUCAUUAAAGCUGACAAGUAUAGGAAGAUCAAAUUCUGUUGCCUUCAGUCAAAGGCUGCUGAGCCAUACUUGAGACACUGUGGCCUCAAACGUGAAGAUGUUCUCCGUCGAUUUUUGUUUGUUGAAGGCCUUGGCUCAUACCACCGAGCAUCCACAGCUGCGUUGAAGGUGCUGUCUUACCUGCCACUUCCUUAUUCUGCUUUAAGCACUCUCUUGAUAAUUCCUAGCCCUGUUAGGGAUGCCAUCUAUGACUAUAUUGCCAGGCGACGCUAUGACUGGUUUGGAAAGAGCAAUGACUGCAUAGUUCUGCAGGAGAAGGAGCUGUGUGAGCGAUUCUUAGACAGGGACGAGAUGGUGGACCGUAAGCCAUCUGAUAUGUAGUUAGGUUAUUGUUAGAGAAACCCAGCAGCCCUGUUCUCGUGGGAGGCCUCUCCACAUGUAUUUCUCAUUAGGAUGUUACAAUGUUAACUGUAAAGAACAUAUGCAGUCCGGUAUGCUAGUUUCAAAGGAAAUUUAGCCUCUGAAAUCGAUCCUCCUAAACCCCAAACUAGUGGCAAAGAACCUCUACAGUUUUGCCUCAUCAAGGAUAUGGCAGCUUUGGGGAAUGUAGAUUACUGAUUACAUAAUGCAUUCAAAAUAUCCAUAGCUUUGUCUGUGCCAUGGCACCUUCAA